GGCGGCGUUGCCGCAGCGAGGGUGGGGGUCACCAUGAGCCUGAUGCUGGAGACGCUGCUGGGGCCCCCGGGGGGGCUCCGCAAGGAGCCGGGCCGCGUUGCCCCGCGCUCCGCCGCCUCCAGCGGCUUCUACUCGUGGCCGGGCCCGGUGGUGGGGCGGGCUCGGGGCGCGGGGGCUGGCGGAGGUAGCGCGGCCGCGUCCUCCACCGAGAGCCUGGACUCGCUGAACGGCGAACCGCGGGCGCGGAACGAGAAGGAGCUGCUGCAGGUGCUGAACGAUCGUUUCGCCGGCUACAUCGAGCGGGUGCGGGCGCUGGAGCAGCAGAACCGGGCGCUGGCGGCGGAGGCGGCGGCGCUGCGGCAGCAGCAGGCGGGACGCUCGGCCAUGGGCGAGCUGUACGCGCGGGAGCUGCGCGACAUGCGGGCGACCGUCCUGCGGCUGGGCGCCGAGAAGGGGCAGCUGCGGCUGGAGCGAUCCCGCCUGGCCGAGGACGUGGCCGCGCUCCGGGGGCGGCUGGAGGAGGAAGCCCGGCAGCGAAGCGAGCUGGAGGCGGCGGCCCGCGGGCUGGCCCAGCGCUCCGCGCAGGAGGAACGGGCGCGGGGGCCGCUGGAGGAGCGAGCCCGAGCCCUGCGGGAGGAGGCGGAGCUGCUGCGGCGGCAGCACCGGGCAGAGGUGGGAGCGCUGCUGCGGGGAGCCCGCCCCGAGGCGCCCGCCGAGCCUCCCUCCGCCCUGCGCCCCGGUGUCACCGCCGCCCUCCGCGACCUGCGCGCCCAGCUGGAGGGCACGGCGGCCCGCAGCACACUCCAGGCUGAGGAGUGGUUCCGCGUGAGGCUGGACAAGCUCUCGGAGGUUGCCAAGGUGAACACAGAUGCCAUCCGCUUGGCCCAGGAGGAGAUCAGUGAGUACCGGCGCCAACUCCAGGCCAAGACCACGGAGCUCGAGGCCCUCAAAGGGACACAGGAGUCACUGGAGAGGCAGAGGCAGGACUCGGAGGAGCGCCAUCAUGCAGAUGUCCUGUCCUACCAGGAAACCAUCCAGCAGCUUGACAGUGAGCUGAGGAACACCAAGUGGGAGAUGGCAGCUCAGCUCCGGGAGUACCAGGAUCUGCUCAAUGUCAAAAUGGCCCUGCACAUCGAGAUUGCUGCCUAUAGGAAGCUCUUGGAAGGAGAGGAAUAUCGGAUUGAGACUGGCAUUGGGAUGCUCUCCUUCCCUGAGGUGGUCCCCAAGGCUCCCAGUAUCACCACCAACAUCAAGGUGAAGAGUGAGGAGAAGAUCAAAGUGGUGGAAAAAUCUGAGAAGGAGACGGUGAUUGUGGAGGAACAGACAGAGGAAAUCCAGGUGACUGAGGAGGUCACAGAGGAGGAUGAGGCUGAGAAAGAAACUGAAGAGGAGAAAGCUGAAGCAGAGGGUGAAGAAGAGGAGAAAGUUGAAGCAGAGGGUGAAGAAGAGGAGGCCAAGUCUCCUGCAAAAGAGGAGGUCAAGUCCCCAGAGAAACCCAAGUCCCCCUCAAAGGAGGAGGCCAAGACCCCAGGCGUGAAGUCCCCAGAGAAACCUGCAACCCCCUCAAAGGAGGAGGCCAAGAGCCCAGCUGCGAAGUCCCCAGAGAAACCUGCAACCCCCUCAAAGGAGGAGGCCAAGAGCCCAGCUGCAAAGUCCCCAGAGAAACCUGCAACCCCCUCAAAGGAGGAGGCCAAGAGCCCAGCUGCAAAGUCUCCAGAGAAACCCCCAACUCCCUCAAAAGAAGAGGCAAAGACUCCAGCUGUCAAAUCCCCAGAAAAGCUCCCAGUUCCCUCAAAGGAGGAGGCCAGAACCCCAACGGUGAAGUCCCCAGAGAAACCUGCAACACCCUCAAAAGAGGAGGUCAAAACUCCAUCUGUCAAAUCCCCAGAGAGACCCCCAACCCCCUCUAAAGAAGAGGCCAAGACCCCAGCUGUGAAGUCCCCUGAAAAACCUCCAACCCCCUCUAAAGAGGAGGCCAAGACCCCAGCUGUGAAGUCCCCUGAGAAACCUCCAACCCCCUCUAAAGAGGAGGCCAAGACCCCAGCUGUGAAGUCUCCUGAGAAACCUCCAACCCCCUCUAAAGAGGAGGCCAAGACCCCAGCUGUGAAGUCCCCUGAGAAACCUCCAACCCCCUCUAAAGAGGAGGCCAAGACUCCAACUGUGAAGUCCCCUGAGAAAGUCAAAUCUCCUCUGAAGGAGGAGGCCAAGUCCCCACAGAAGGAAGUGGCCCCGGCCAAGGAGCCCACUCCCUCCCCUCCAAAAGAGCCGAAAGCCCCUGCGAAGGAAGAGCAGCCCAAGGAGGUGAAGGCUCCCUCCAAGCCUGGAGCAGAGGAGGGCAGGAAAGAGGAAGCUCCCAAGAAGGACGUCCCGGUCAAGGUGGUGGAGAAGCCCAAGGAGAAGGUGGCUGCUGUGCCAGAGCCUCCAGCCCCGCAGGUGAAGGAGCCCACCAAGCCAGGCCCCAAACCUGUGGAAGAAGGAAAGGCUGAUAAGGAGGUUCCACCAAAACCUCAGCAGGAGGUUGGCAAAGUGGCUGCAAAGGAGGCUGAGAAGCCAAAAGCUGAGGAGAAGGCGGAGGAGCCCAAGAAGGAGAAGGCGGAGGAGCCCAAGAAGGAGAAGGCGGAGGAGCCCAAGAAGGAGAAGGCGGAGGAGCCCAAGAAGGAGAAGGCGGAGGAGCCCAAAGCUAAAGCAAAACCCAAAGAUGAGCCCAAAGCCAGUAAAGAGCCCCCCAAGGCUGAGCCCCCCAGCAAGGAGAGCAAAGCCCCAGAGCCAGGGAAGAAGUGAGUGGAGCCCCUCUGGGUGCAGGGGCUGCUCCGGUACCCCCAGGGUGGGGACAACCCCCCAGGCUGGGCUUUCCCUUAGCAAUAUGUCUGUGAGACGCAGCCCUCCCAGCCCGGCUCCCCCCGCAGAACGUGAUUUCCACACCUCAACACUUGAAUUCUAACCCAGGAGAAGAGCCCCCAGGGGAACCCAGCGCCCUUCUCCUCUAAGUGCAUUUAUUUAAUGUAUGUGCAAUCGAUGGAUUGACGCAGAGCUCUAGCUGCUUGGGACGGGGGCUGGCGGGGUCCUGGGGGUGACGAUUGUCCCCCCGAGUAGUGACCCAGGCUGCAGCCAGCCCGGGUGCUGUGGGGACCUUCACACACACGGAGCACCAGGAACCUCAGCCCACUGUUACUUGCUUUCUGUGCAAAUAACCAAAUAAAGUGCUUAUGGAGACA